UAUAUGAUAGAGGUGGUGGGACCAAAUGCUAAGAAAGGGAAGGGUAGUGUCUCUAGGGUUCCCAGUCUAGCUGAUCCCUCUACUCAACCGUUCAAGGAGAAGACCCUUGUUGACAAGAGUUACAUUCCCCCUUGAGAGAAGAUAUGCUUCAUGAGUACAUGGUUAAAUGCUCAAAACCCUUCAUGAAGUUAUGCAUUUUCGGUUUUUCUUGAGUUUCAGGGGUAAAGACACGCGUGAAACAUUCACAGGGUAUCUCUAUGAAGCUUUGUGCCGCGAGGGAAUCAUCACCUUCAUGGAUGAUGAAUAUCUAACAGAAGGAGAAACAAUUCGACCACAACUCUUAAAAGCCAUUGAAGACUCAAAGGUUUCAAUCGUUGUUUUCUCCGAAAAUUAUGCAACCUCAGCAUGGUGUCUUGAUGAGCUUGUCAAGAUCUUCCAAUGUCACAAGGAGAAGAACCAGCUCGUUUUUCCGAUCUUCUACAAAGUAGAUCCCUCUGAUGUAAGGCAUCAGAAUAAUAGUUACAAGCAAGCCAUGGAUGCUCAUGAAAUUAGGUAUUGUUAUGAGUCUCAGAAGGUUCAGAAGUGGAAGGAAACUUUGGCUGAAAUCUCCAACAUGAAAGGGUUUCAUUUGAAACAAGGCUAUGAAUUUGAGUUUAUUCAAGAUAUUGUGAACAAGAUCAGUACUAAAGUAUCUGCUAAGCAACUGCCCAUUGAGGAGCAUGUAGUUGGAUUGCAGUAUCAAGUUGCAAGACUGAAGUCCAUUCUAGAUAUUGAGUCUAAUGACAACACAUUCAUGUUAGGGAUUCUUGGAAUCGGCGGAAUUGGCAAAACGACGCUUGCAAAAGCUUUGUAUAACUCUCUCUGCAAUCAGUUUGAAGGUGCUUGUUUUCUUUUCAAUGUGAGAGAAACUUCAAGUCAAGAAAAGGGUAAAGUAUGCCUACAACAAAUGCUACUGUCAAAAAUUCUUCAGAAGGGAAAAGUCAAGUUGGGCAGUGUUGAUGAAGGAAUCUCCACAUUAAAAGAGAGACUUUGCACAAAAAGAGUUCUUAUAGUUCUUGAUGAUGUUGAUAAAAUUGAACAGUUACAAGCACUAGCAGGAGGAUGUGCUUGGUUUGGUUCUGGAAGUAGGAUUAUCAUAACGACAAGGGAUAAAUAUUUGCUAGCAGUUCAUCAGGUCAAAAGGAUUUAUGAUAUGCCAAUGCUGAAUGAACAUGAUUCUCUCCAGCUGUUUUGUCAGAAUGCAUUCAAAACGAGUAGCCCGCCCACAAACUAUGAAGACAUGUGCAAUCGAGCAAUUCGAUAUGCCAAAGGCCUUGCAUUAGCUUUAAAAGUUAUAGGCUCGAAUUUGAUUGACAAAGAUUUGAAAGAGGGGAAGUCUGCACUGGACAAAUAUGAAAAGAAUCCUCAUAUAGAUAUUCAAAGUAUUCUUAGAAUAAGCUAUGACAGUCUGCAGCACAAUGAAAAGGAGAUUUUCCUUGACAUAGCAUGCUUCUUUAAUGGAAUGAGAUUGGAUUAUGUUAAAAGAAUACUUGAUGGGUGUGGAUUCUACUCAGAAGAUGGUAUCAGAAUAUUAAUUGAUAAAUCUCUCAUAGCUAUUGAACAUGGUUACUUGAGGAUGCAUGACUUAAUAAAGGACAUGGGUAGAGACAUUGUUAAGCAGGAGGCACCAAAAGAAGCUGGCGAACGAAGCAGAUUAUGGUUUCGAGAAGAUGUUCUUGAAGUACUAACAAAAAAUACAGGAAGUGCUAAAAUUGAAGGUAUAAAACUUGAUUUGCCAGAAGGGGUUAAUUGGAGUGAUACUGUCUUUAAGAAGAUGAAGAAACUUAGGAUUCUCAUCGUUCGAAACACGAGUUUCCCAUCUUGGCCUAUUUAUCUGCCGAAUCAAUUAAAGCUGCUUGAUUGGAAGGGAUACCCUUCAAAAUUCCUUCCACCUGGUUUUUAUCCCGAGCAAAUUGCUGCCUUCAAUUUACGCUUUAGUCUUCUUGUAUUGAAAAAGCCAUUUCAGAAAUUUGAGCAUUUGACCUACAUGAAUUUCUCUUGCUGUCAGUCUAUCACUAAAUUCCCUGAUGUGUCUGGAGCAAAAAGUUUAAGAGAAUUGAUACUUGAUGGAUGUAAGAAACUGGUUAAGGUUGAUGACUCAAUUGGUUUUCUUCCUAACCUUGUUUAUUUGAGUGCUUCAGAAUGCACUCAACUGAAGAGUUUUCUGCUUCAAAUCUCUUUGCCAUCUCUUGAAUAUCUUAGCUUUGACUUGUGUAGUAGACUUGCACAUUUCCCAGAUGUACUGGGAAAGAAUGAUAAGCCAUUAAAAAUUUCUCUGAGACAUACUGCUUUAAGAGAGCUUUCAGAUUCUUUUGCUGAACUUAGUGGACUUGGCUAUUUAGAUAUGACAGGUUGUAAGGAACUAAAAUAUCUACCAAGUAGCUUAUUUAUGUUGCCAAAUUUUAUCACCUUGAAAAUUGGAGGAUGUUCCCAACUUCGAGAAUUAUUAACAAGUUCCAAAGGAAGGCUUUCUGAAGCAGAGCACCGGCCAAAGUUAGAGACCUUGGAUUUUAGCAAUGCAUGUUUGUCAAAUGAAGAUCUUCAUGUAAUUAUGCAGAGUUUUCCAAACUUGAAAGACUUAAACGUAUUGUCAAACUAUUUUGUGUCAUGCCCAGAAAGCAUUAAAGAGUCUAUUUGCUUGAGAAGUCUUGAUGUGAGCUACUGCCUUAAGCUUCAAGAAAUUCCAGAACUUCCCUCUAACGUUCAAAAAUUAAAUGCAAGACAUUGCAAUUCCUUGACAGCAGAUACGUCAAGCAUGCUAUGGUCACAGGUGUGUAAAGAGAUAAACAAAUUACAAGUUUUGAUGCCACAGACAGAUAUUCCAGAUUGGUUCGACUAUCAUGAUCAAGGCGGAAUUCCAAUCUUCUGGGCACGUUGCAAGUUCCCUGCUGUGGCUCUAGCAUUCAUGUUUGGCAAAAUGAACUACCAAGCAGUUGAGCUUCACUUGUUUAUCGACAGCGAGCAUGUAAAUGUCCAGCACCAACACAAGCAUACUUUAAAUAUUGCAGAAAAUCAUGUGCUUCUGUGUGACCUUCGAGCUUUCUUCAACGAUGAGGAAUGGGAGAGCCUUGAUGCACGCAUUGGACAUGAUAAUAACUGGAAGCAAGUUCAGGUGGUGUGUGAACCAGACACAAGCCUAAGAGAAUGGGGAGUGUAUGUGUACAAAAAAGAAACAAACAUGAAUGAUAUCCAAUUCACAUGUCCAUAUCCUGAGUCCUCAAGGCUACAAUCCUUGCUAGUUAUUACAAAUACUAAAACCAUAUCAAGAGAGGAUGAUAUGGAAAUAGAAAGUGCAAGGGCUUCUUCAAGCUCAGUUGAAGAGACAUCAGCUAGUAUUGUACAAGCUUUAGAAGCAUCAUACUCAAAACAUGGUGUGCUACAUGUAAAUUCGAAUAGUUGUACUCAAACUUGUAGCCUCUGCUGCUCAGCAUUACUUUCAAGUUACAGGAGACUGCUUUGCUGUACCUGCAGAUGUAGGAUUGAUGAUGAUGAGCCUUGUGGAGAAGCACGGAUGACAAAGGCGCAGCCAGCGCGAUUCAUGCUAGAUGAUAAUUUAAAUUGUUGUGCUCAAUCCUGUAGCCUCUGCUUCUCAGCAUUACUUUCAAGUUUCAGGAGACUGCUUUGCAGAAUCUGUAGACGCAGACUUGAUAAUGAUGAGCCUUAUGGAGAAGUAAAGAUGACAAAGGCAGGGUCAGGGUCAAUGAUUUCAAGACCACAAGAAGAAUCAACUGAAAAUGUUGAUGAGGAGCAUGUUCCUUCUUCCUUCUCACAAAGCCUACAAACUGUGGUGGAAAACUUGAAGAGGCUUACAGCUCCAAGAGAAGACAAAGGUUGGAGUCAUGGAGAAGACUGUUACAACUCAGAAUUGAGUGAUGUUGAUUAUGAGGAGGACCACGGGGAAGGAGACUUGGACACGGAAGCAUAGGACUGUAGGAGAUCUUUAGGGGGAGUGUGAAUUGUAAGUUCAUGAAGCCAAGUGGUUGAAGGAUAAUGAUUGUGUAGAAGUUUGGUACUCGAGAACACACAUCAUGUCUAAUCUCCUCACAUGUGGCACGUCCGUUAACCGUCAAGAGAAUUAGAUGAAAACGACUUAGAUCAAAAGGGAGUCUACACUAUUAUCUUAUCUUCUUUUUUUUUUUUGGACGUGGCCAUGGGCCAAAAGACUGACCCGGCUCAGAACCCAGAACCCGAAUUCGCCCAGACCCAGAAACCACAACCCGAACUCGCCCUGCUCUCCAUACCCCCAAAGCCCGACCCUAAUCUAUCGUGUCCUCUUCUUCGUCGAGCUUAAGGCGUUGCUGCUCCGCCAUUUUCAACGGACCUCCGUGCGAAGCUCAGAAGACUUAUGCAUGUCGCUGAUCCUGUUGUGGGUCUUCCUGAGCUGUGUCACCGACCUGUCGUUCCCUGUAGGUAUGCCGUAAUCAAUCGGCGCGGAAUCCCUCCCUCGAUGAAGCUCCCAGUGGUGCCCUUGAGCUCGUCCUGAACUUGCUAAACUCACAGCCGUGAUAUGUCCACUGCUACCCCUCUGCCGAACGAGAUUCUGCCCAGGAGUGAAUCUGACAGCGUCCCCUCCGCUAAGCAUAUUCCUUAUGUUGAUAGUGUCCCUGCUGGAGUCUUUCAUCGGCCAAGGCACAGCCGUGUGUUGAAGCCGGCGUUCCCCCUGAGAUGCUUGGCUGUUCCAGGUUUCCGUUUCCACCCACCCAGGCGGAAUAACUGUCCACUGUCUUUGUAGCUGAUUUUCUGCUGCCAUCGUUGCCAGUUGGUGAGCUAAGAUGUUACCUUCUCGUGAAGUUCAAGUAGCUCCCACAUCCGGAGCCUCUUCCAGCAGUUGCAUAAUGUCCCUGAUGAUUGCGUCUGCUUCAGCUAAGGGCGUUCUUGCCUUGAUCGCUUGAACCAGAGUAAUGAUUUUUUCUUGCCAGUCCCUGAUCACUGCUGCUGAUGCUGCCAUUCCUGUUUUCCUGUGAAAGGCCGCAUCUAUGUUUACUUUCACCUUGUUGCGAGGAGGAGGCCUCUAGAUGGAUGAUGAUAUAACAAUUGUCAUCCACCAUGGAGGAAGUUUUGAGACAAAAGAAGAUGGAGAAGUUGUGUAUAUUGGAGACCAAAUUAAACAGUUAUUUGGACUAGAGGAAGAUAUAUUGGACGUGUUCUCAAUAAGAAAUUAUUACAAGAUUCUAGGAUAUGACAACUUGAAGGAGUGUUGGUGGCUAGCUCCUGGGAGGCCCUUGAAAACUGGAUUGAGAGCACUGUCACAUGACAAGGAGCUCUUAGAGAUGUGCUUUCACGCAAAGAAUAAUGAAGGUGUAGUGCAUGUGUACCUUGAGCAUGGAAAUUCUGAACAUGAAGGUGAUGAGGUUCCACAAUUGGUCCCUAUGACCCACAAUCCAAAAAUUAUAGUAUCUGACACCACCUCAAAUCCAUCCUCAUGUAUUCCAAACACAGCCCUUGAACAAAAUACAAUACAUUCCCUAAAGCAAACUCUGCAUCCCCAGGCCCCCAGGCCAACUGAACUCUACUCCUCCAAGUUAGUCCCACUCUAAACCUCAAACCAAACCCACCUCAAAUUAUCCAGCCCAACCCACCUUUGAACUUGCAGCCCAACCCAACUGUUCAGUUGCAGCCCAGCCCACCUCCACACCUCCAGUCCAGCCCACCUCCACACCUCCAGCCCAGCUUAAACCAAUGCCUAUGUCCAAUCCAUGUUCUUCUAAACCAAAAAACAAUAAAUCUAAGAAGUCUAUUCCACCAACCACUACAAAAAAGUCCGAAACGUGUCAAAAAGAAUUCAAAGUCUACCCCAAAGAAAGGUGCUGUCAAGAAGGUACCGAUACCACCACCAAAACGAGUGACACGAUCAGCUUCAAGAUUUGCACCCAAAGGGAAGAAGGUUGAUGGUGAGGUCCCAUCCGUGACAUUAAGCAGUGACAGUAGUGACUCGUAUGAGAGUGCGGAAGAUGAACUUUAUAGGCCUGGACCCGAGGUUUUUGAGAGUUCAAGUGAUGAUGAAUCUGAUUCUGAAGUUGCUACAGCAAGACCCAGGGAGUUGAAAAUGAAAAAGAAUAAGGCAAAAGGUAAGAUAUGUCUCGAAGACUUGUGUGAAGAAGAUGAGCUGAUAAUUCAGAAUUCUGAUGAGGAAGUUGAUCUGGGCCAAGUGAUUGGAAAAGCCCCUAAGGUCCAGCCACCAUAUGAUGCCUUUGAUGCAUACCACGAUGAUUCUGAUGGAAAUGACUCAUGGAAAUCUGAGGAAAUGAAGACCCCACCUAAUUCGGACGAAGAAUCUGAUGCGGAUGAGGACGAUGCUUUUCUAAUGUUCAUGGAGGGAGCAAGAUUUGGUGAGCUAAAGUUGGAGGUCGGGAUGAAGUUCAAUAGCAAACAUGAUUUUAUUGAGGCAGUGAGAGAGUUCACCAUACAAGAGGGGAGGCAAAUCAAUUUCAUAAGAAACGAGAGUUAUAGGGUGAGAGCUGUUUGCAAGUACAAGAAGGAGGGUUGUAAUUGGGUUGCAUAUGCCUCAAUGGAUCAUGAAAAGACUUGCUGGCAGAUGAAAACAUUCAACAACAACCACAUAUGUGUAAGGAGAACUAAAAAUAGGGCAGCAAAUAGGAAGUGGUUAGCCUCAAAGCUAGUAAAGAAAAUAAGAAAAUAUCCUAACUUGAAACAUGGAGAAGCGUCUGAUUACUUCAAGAGGAAGUGUGAUCUUGACCUCAAUAAGUCCUCUCUGACUAGAGCCUUAAGUGAUGCAAGGAACAUUGUAUAUGGAGAUGCGGCAGCACAAUACACACUUCUCAGAGACUAUGCAGAGACACGAUUGAAAAGUAACCCUGGAUCAACUAUUAAAAUAGGAGUGAAGUCGCAACCUGAAGGAGAACUAACUUUCGAAAAAAUAUAUAUGUUUCGAUGGAUGCAAGAAAGGAUUCAAGGCUGGGUGUCGGCCUCUAAUUGGGCUAGAAGGAGCCUUUUUGAAGACACACUUUGGAUGACAAAUACUUGCCGCAGUUAGACAGGACGCCAACAACCAUAUAUAUGUCAUCGCUUGGGACAUUGUAGAGGUUGAGAACAAGGAAAAUUGGCGAUGGUUUAUGGAGCUUCUGUUAGAUGAUCUGGGUGAUGUAGCCUCUAACAAAUGGUGCUUCAUAUCUGAUAUGCAAAAGGUAACAUGUAAGCUUUAAAAAAUUUGACUGCAACUAUCGAGGACUCUGUUGGGACAUAAUUUAAAUUUAAGGGUUCAGAUAGAGUCAUAACUGUUUAUUUGGGGGGCUUAGUUGGGGCUCGAUAAUAGUAAUUGCUAACAGAUAGAGUCAUUUGAUGACAGGGGUUAAUUCCAGCAGUCCGUGAAUUGAUGCCUGGAGUGCACCAUAGGUUUUGUGUGUGGCACCUGUGGAAGAACUUUAACAAGCAAUGGAACACACAAGAGUUAAGAACUAUGUUAUGGGAAUGUGCAAGAGGGACAACUAGGCAUGGAUUUAAACAGAAAAUGGAGAAAGUAAAGAGAAAGAAUGAGGAAGCCUGGGCCUACUUGAACAAAUGGCCAAAGAAAAGUUGGACGAAGGCAUACUUUAGCCAUGAUCCAAAGCUGGAUAACAUUUGUAAUAACGCGUGCGGGGUCUUCAAUGCAAGGAUAAAAGAGUAUAGGAAGAAGUCUAUACUCUCUCUACUAGAGGAAGUACACAUGUUCAUGAUGAGAAUAAUUGCAAAAAACAAAGUGAAGCUGCAACACCACAUUGGCAGGUUAACUCCUAUACAGAGGAGCAGACUAGAGAAGAUAAGGAAGGAGUCACAAAAAUGGCGUCCGGUGUGGUGUGGUGAUGAUGGCUAUCAUAGAUUUAAGAUUCAUGGGUUUCCAACAAACAUGGUUGUUGACUUGGAAAAGCAUAUAUGCACAUGCAGAUUCUGGCAUAUCACAGGUAACUCCUGCAACGAGGCCCGACAAAUUACAGCCUAAGAGGAAAGCAUCUCCAGCCCCAGGAUCAUCAAGUGUUGACCCAUUGCAAGGAGCAAGUGCUGGAACAUCUUCAAGGAUAGCUGAAUUCAUGAAAUUUGUCCCAACACCAGGAGUGAAGCCAGCAUUCAAACCUCCUAGGGGAGUGGAUCUUCUCCAGUUGAAAAAAAACUGGAUGGUAUCCAGUGGAAGAUCUUACCAUUCAAUACAUUCUCUCUCUCAUUUAUUGUUGGUCCCACUUGUAAAAUUAAAGGUGGGAGAUUACACUUUAUUCUCUCCAGUGACAAAAAAAAUGGAGAGGAUCUAUUUCCACCUCCUAGGAAGAAAUGAAUGAUGUUUAGUUGUGAUAGACUAUUAUAGUUAGGGUAGUUGUUUUCUUAAUUAUGUUUAUCUUGUGUCACUGGAACAUGGUUAUGUGUAUGUGUCCAAAUACUUGGAUAUUUUGUUAAAGAAUUUCUGCAUAUUUGUUCA